AUGCGUCCUCUCUCCUGGCUCAGCACUCUAGCACUCUGCCUCGCGGGCACUUCUGCCUCCCCUGCAGUUUCGAGCUUGUCUACCGUACCGGAUUCUACGAUAUCACGCAUAACCAUGAUCAACAACUCCACUCAAGAUUUCGUCAGGUUCAUGUUCGCGUUUGUUCCUGUCGGAGAUGAGAACGACCCUCAAGUGUUUUGGUCCGAGCUCGCAGAGCUCGACUCGAAGCAAACCGAAACUCUACCGUUGAAUUGGCCUGACGGUGUACUGGUCCGUUUUUCGGUAAAUAACGGACAAGGAGCGGGUGCAUCUGGGCCUCUGUUCCAGAUGCUACAGAGCUCUACCUGCACAGUAACGUAUCAAGCGUCAGUAGUGUUUUCUGAACAACUUGCACCCCAGCCGCUAAUACCGAGAUUCAAUUUGCAGUGA